GCCCCUGCUGCAUCCUCUGGUUCAGGGCACGCUCGAGUGUGGUGAAGGGACGCGGGCGGGGGCCUCGGAGAGCUGCGGGAUGCCCUGGGGGGGGGGGCGGAAGUGGUAUAAUGGGGGGCGCGGGCAUGACGCUGUACCGGCGUGUGGGGAAUGGGUAGGCCGUGCCCCGUCUCUGCCUCACCCGGUCCCUGUCGCCGGUCGGGCUCCGUGGGGCGGAGCCCGGGGGGUGGCAGGGUGCUGAGCUCUCAUUGGGUUCAGUGAGAGCUGCCGUGGUCAGCAUCUCGGUUGGGGAUCGGCUGGGACCGUCCCCGUGGUGGGGGCAUGCUGGACCCACCACGUGCGGGGCUCCCCGGGGGAGAGGCACCGCUUCGCUGCAGCACGGCUGGGGCUGGGUUGGGUUUCGUUUCCUUUCUCCGUGCGCCGCGUCUAAGCUGCUCCCUGAGUCUGCCUGCUCAGUGUCGGGAGGGGACAGCUGAAACGCAGCAGACGUUACUUCUGUCAUAUGCAGCUAAACGGCUUCAAAGGGGCAGGUGAAUUAGCAGCAGGAGAUCUACACGCUUCCCUUAAAACCGUUCCCGCGAUAAGGAAGGCUGGGCAGACCCAGGCGGGAAGACGGGGCAACCUGGCUCCAUAGGAAUCAUUAAUGUGACAAGAAAAGGCGUACUUGUGGCACCUUAGAGACUAACCAAUUUAUUUGAGCAUAAGCUUUGUAGCUCACGAAAGCUUAUGCUCAAAUAAAUUGGUUAGUCUCUAAGGUGCCACAAGUACUCCUUUUCUUUUUGCGAAUACAGACUAACACGGCUGUUACUCUGAAACCUGUCAUUAAUGUGACAGUGACAUCUGGCCAGUAAACUAAUCAGUUGUGCUCCAAGAAACAGGGUAGGGCCAACUGGCUUUUGAAAACAGAGUAACAGCUUUAUUUUGGGUACAAUUUAAUUCCAUUCUCUUACCUGCUUGCACAUGUUUCUUUUAUACAGUCAAUUUUUCCAGCAGGGUUGCCAUUUUAAGGAAGGCAGAGUUUGCUGUUAAACUUCAGUGGCCUGACCAUCUGAGACAGGGAGGGAAGAGAUGUGGUACAGAGGACAUUCAGCUUGAGCAUUGUACUGAGCGUUUUCCCACCAGUUUGUGUCUAUGGUAAAAAUCUCUAGGGAAUCUACAUGAGUUGUGCAUUGUACUACAUUCUUCUUAGUUGUCUCCCCACAACAUAACUUUGUAUCCAGCAUCAGUUUUCUUUCAAAGGACCAGAAAGUCUGUAUUGUAUUAUCAAAUAGUUGAUGUGUUACCUUCUAUACAACUUUGAUGUAUUUUUUUAAAGUGAAUCCCCAAAAGACUGGAAUGACUAAACUGAAGUUACUUGUACACCGUUAAUUCAGGCCCCUGUAAAUAUUUAUUACAAUAUGGUACUUAACUUUAUGAUUGCAUACUCUAUUUGUGGGCCCCUGCCUUGUUCAUUGUGCAGGUUGUUCUCUGCACUGUGAACGCUUAAUUCUGCUACUCUGACUCAUGUUGAGUAAUACCAUAUGACUUAAGCAUUGAUCUUAGUGAGUAAGGGUAGCAGAACUGGACCCUGUGUAAAAAGUGUGUGACAUUUAUAUUUAAAUAGCUCACUGAAACAAGUGAAGUCGGGCUGUGUGUUAUACAGUUGCUAUGUCUGUUGGUGCAACACUUGCUUCCUCAAUGGAACUAAAACUUAUUCAAAUAUUUUAAACUAAGUAACUUGUAGAUAUGAGCUUACUGUGUUAUUUUGAUCCUCUGCAAUGAGUUCACUCUUGCCUUACUUCCUGUGCACCAGAGAUCAAAUUUUGCUCUGUUACUUCAGCGUAAAUUUAAGACAUGGAAUUCAGCUUUACUUUGUAGCAGUGUUGACUGAUGAAGUGUCCACAUAUAGAACCAGAAGACAAAGGGCCAACAAAAAUUACAACAGUAAGACACACUUGACAGAAGGGAGUGAAAGUGCAGUUGGCAUAGCAGAUGUAUCGUCUUUACUUCGACCAAGAAUAAGAGAGAGUCGACAGACAGAAUAUAGGCUCUCCAGUGCAAAAAGAGAUUUCAAAAGGAAUGAGUCAGAUGAGGAGGAGGAGGAGGAGGAGGAAGAUGAUGAAGAGGAUGCUGAUGGCUACAGUGACAAUGAAUCUGAAAAUGAUGGGGAAAAUUAUAAGAAUCAACCGCCAAGAGAUACCCCAACAGUUGUACAAAAACAACCAGUGUUUAACCAGAAGAUGACAUACAGGAGAUCAAGUGAAGCUGAAUCUCAAGUUCAACCCAAUACGCUGAAGCAUUUGCAGCCUGCAGCCAAAAAGCCUGUUGGACAGUCCAGUGCAGGAUGUUUUAGGAUGUGCAUUUUGGUAUUAGCAGUAGCUUCCAUUACUGUUAUAUGGUAUAUCUGGAAGAAUCAAUCCUCCAAGACUUUGCCAAGGGAAGAAAUCAAAGUUGUGCAAGCAUUUGCGACCCAGAUGAAGAAACUUGAGAAUGUCUAUCCAAAUCAGGAUCCAAGACUGUGGGAGAGAAUCCAAAUGUUCCUUAUAAAACGACUCAAUACCACCCAUCCUCACUCACAGCCUGCCAUCUUACUGCUCACAGCUGCUCAAGAAGCUGAAAAAUCUCUAAAGUGCUUAAGUAACCAGAUUGCUGAAGCUUAUUCCUCCUCUCUGAGUGCUGCCACAAUCAAGAUUGAUGGGGCUGCAAAAGCCAUGCUGGAUAGCGACGAUGUCAAGCUGGAAGUAGAUCAUGAACUAAGCUCCGGGUUCAAGGAAGGUAAAAAAGCAGCUGUGGUGCAUCGAUUUGAGUCUCUGCCUGCAGGCUCCACUUUGAUCUUCUACAAGUACUGUGACCAUGAAAAUGCAGCAUUUAAGGAUGUAACUCUUCUGCUAACUGUCCUUCUGGAUGAAGAGUCGCUGGGAAAGAACCUCAGCCUGCUGGAGGUUGAGGAGAGAGUGCGGGAUUUUCUCUGGGCCAAAUUCACCAAUUCAGACACUCCCAGCUCCUAUAAUCACAUGGACACAGAUAAGCUGAGUGGACUGUGGAGCCGCAUAUCCCACCUGGUCCUGCCUGUUUGGCCUGAAAAUGCUCUCCCUAAGGAGGGCUGCUAACAGAUGACUUAAAUCUGAGACCUGGAAGAAUAGGAAACCAGUGUUGUGGUGCCCGGGCAGUGCAGAACUUAACUGCUGAGCAGAGGCAGCACACGCUGUUCUCUCUGCAGAGCAAGGACGGGGAGGGUGAUUGCAUUUAAAGGAACUGGAGUUCUCUCUAGACAACUGGAGAGCGUACAUAUGGAGCACAGCUCUUAGGUGGCUCUCUCCUCAGUAACUUAUUGGGCCUAGUGCUCUGUAGGUAAAAAUGUCCUGCCCCAUUGUAGAGCCAUCCCUCUGUAUGUAAAGCUGUUCUUGUGUGCAGUAGACAAGCGUCCCUCUGCUGAAACUUUUUCCAGCAGUAGGUAGUACUGCCGUUGAGUAUGGCAAGAUAAUGGGAUCUAGCAGAUUCCAGACUCCUCUCCAGUCUCCUCUGCCUACUUCCAAUCUACCAGAAUAACAUUCCCCUCUGUUCUCGGAGGCUUAAUUUUAUUAAUUGGAGGUGGAGAUGGGGCUACAUGAAUCCAACCAUCGGCUUUCUUUCUCCAGCUGACCAUGGCCUUGGGUAUAAGUUGCCUCUUCAUGUUUCCUAGACUGGCUGAAUUGAAUAGAUGAUGAUGAUGAUGAUCUGGUUCAGGAGAGACUUCUCAAAGCUGUUUUUGUUCUGUUUAGAUGAGCCUUCCUCCCCUUCCCCCAGUUUUGGAGGCUGGGAUGAAUGAGGUGCAAGUGAUUGCUCUGGGCAUUAACACAUCAGUUAACAAAAUAACCCCUUAGUGCAUCUGCUCCCCAGAGCACCCAGGAAUCCUUUGUUCUGCAUCAAGUUUUAAGACUUACAAAUCUCAAGGAGGAAAUGUUAAAUGCUGUUCCAGUGUGUGCUAAAAAGGCCUCAUCAAACCCUUCUCAAAGGCCUAAGAUGUGUACAUUCUGAACAGAUUAUUUUGGCUAGAUCCAAAGGUUUUAUUUGAAAAGAGUAUUUUUACAUCGAGAGGAUUUGUUUAUUACUGUUGUAAGCCUUGUCCCAAAUGACUCCCCAUUUGUCUGCAUAAAACCUGCUGCUUCCUGUGUAAAUUUUAAGAAAAACAGACUUGAUAUGCAUGCGUUGACCAUAUUUUGAGUGCCUCAUGCCAAAAAUCCCUAAAAUUUACCACCGAUUAAAAAUCAUGUAUGUAUUUCUAUACCCACAGAAGAAUUGUCAUUCUUUCAUGCCUCUCUGCUGCCUAGUAUCUCAUCUUGGGUGUCUCUUGUUCCAGAUCCGAUCAGCUUUCUUGGAUUUGAAGGAGACACUGCUCAAAUUUAAGAUACAUUUUCUUACAAUAGCUGCCAGAUUGAUGGCACUCUAACACAUCCAUUACUCAAACGUCCCUUUGUCUUGCUAUAAAAGUCCUUAAAAAGGACUUAUCUGUAGGGGGUGAAAGGGCAGCUAAGUCCCCAUGCUGAGACUACCAGAAAAGACUCUGGUUUGUGAUCUGAAAUGGGCUGGAUUAAUGACUGGUGCAAGAAAACUCCAUAGACUUGGAGCUGUGACCACUUACGCUAGUGGUGGAUUUGGCCCUUCUUUGAGAGCUGGAAACUGAUGACUAAUUUGUUUUGUGUAGAGGUAUUUAUACAGCAGAGAGACAUGGAAGUGUUGCCAUUUUGUGUGUGUAAGAACAGCUCAUGAAGAAAAGUUUUAAAUGUUAUAAACACUUCAUUGGACAAGUGGUUUUUUAAAAUUGUAUGUUACUUACUAUAUUAGUUGAAAAUGACCAAUAUGAUUUGUAAAUAAUUUAAAGAAACUAUUUUAGUAACCAUUAGAAAUAAAUUUACCUAUUUGUUUUAUAA